CGCGUCUGCCGCCGGUGACUCAUACGUGAUUUUUGGUCCAGCGAGACAUGAAUUAAGGGUGAAGCGCCGUUUGUUUUGUAUUGUUGGACAAUCAGUUCGUGACCUAAUGCGAUCAAGCUCGACUGGGCCGAACCUCAGACGUAACGUGACGGACCUAUGACGUAACGUGACGGGAUCUGUGACGUCAGAGGCCGCGUACGGCGGCAGUGUGUCUGCCAGCGUGGCGGCUGGCGGUGGCGACUCGCGCUCAUCCCGCGCCGCGCCGUCGCCGACUGCCGGACAGACUCAGUACCGGUCGGGCGUUGGGCGGCGGAGGGGGUGUGUCGCUCCAGUGUUUGUAGUGGAGGGUGUGAGUCUCACUGCGCCUGGUCAGCGGCGCUGUGACCAGUCGGUGAUCUGACUUAGUCGCCGUGUGGUGUGUCUGACCCUGCAUCAUUCCGGUGUGUUGGUGACUGGUGAAGUGAUCGCGACCUCCAGCAGACCGGACCCUCGUCAUCAUGGACCGGUCGAUGUAUGGGAAGGUGCACCCGGGAAGCUAUCAGAAGCCGUAUCAGAUAGCGCUGAGGGACGCUGCCAGCAAGCCGGGCUACUCGCUGUUGGCCGAUCUUCAGAACACCAUCACACACAAGGCGGGUAGCGGCGGCUCGGUGGGUGGCAGUCCCCGGCGAGUGGCGUACUCUCCCAGUCACCAGCAGCGGUCACCGUCUCCCGUGCUGCCAGCCUACCAGCCCAAUGUGGAUCCCUACCAGCCCAACGUGGACCCCUACCAGCCCAAUGUGGACCCCUACCAGAACAUGUAUUCGGAGACGGUCUCGGAGACGAAGCGGCACUUCCCGCGGGAGGCGUCUCCACCGCGCGAGUACCGGUCACCGGUCGGCAACAACCUGCAGGAGCUGGACACGCUGCUGUACGACCUCAACGAGGCGCGCUACAACGGCAGCUACAUCCAGCAGCGGCCCGCAGACUCUCCCUCACCGGUAAACGGCAGCGGCUCUGUGGCGGUACACGGACACACCUCCAGGCCAUCGGUGGACGCGCUGCUGGAUGAACUGGACUCGGUACCCAGCCAAAAUGCGCGGACGUACGAGACGCGCACGGUUACGGUGACAGAGAGUGUACCGGACGGCUGCCGGACCGCCUCGUCGGCCACUCAGGAACUGGACGACCUCAUGGCCUCGCUCUCAGACUUCAAGCUCCAAGCCAGCUCGCUGCAGCGCACCGUCGUCGAGGAGACGAACGACCCGCCCGCCGCCGACCCGGCUUACGCAAAGCCGGUGAAAUCUCGCCAGCUGGACUCUAUGCUGGGAAACCUGCAGGAGGACAUGAAUAAACAGGGCAUCACCACCACACAGAAGGGCAUGUGCGGCGCCUGCGACAAGCCCAUCGUCGGUCAGGUGAUCACAGCGCUCGGCAAGACAUGGCACAAGGAGCACUUUACGUGCGCCCACUGCCAGUCGGAGCUGGGGAAUAAGAACUUCUUCGAGCGCGACGGCCGGCCAUACUGCGAGCCCGACUACCACAGCCUGUUCUCGCCGCGCUGCGCCUACUGCAACGGGCCUAUCCUGGAUAAAUGUGUCACGGCCCUGGAGCAAACGUGGCACCCGGAGCACUUCUUCUGCACCCACUGCGGUCAGCAGUUCGGCGCCGAUGGCUUCCACGAGAAGGAAGGAAAGCCCUACUGCCGUGCCGACUACCUGGACAUGUUCGCGCCAAAAUGCGGCGGCUGCGGGCGCGCCAUUAUGGAGAACUACAUCUCCGCCCUGAACGCCCAGUGGCACCCCGAGUGCUUCGUCUGCAAGGACUGCCAGCAGUCAUUUCAGGGCGGCUCGUUCUUCGACUACGAGGGCCAGCCGUACUGCGAAACGCACUACCACGCCAAGCGGGGAUCCCUCUGCGCCGGAUGCAACAAACCAAUCACAGGUCGGUGCAUCACGGCAAUGUUCCGCAAGUUCCACCCGGAGCACUUUGUGUGCUCGUUCUGCCUGAAACAGCUCAACAAGGGCACGUUCAAGGAGCAGGCCGAGAAGCCCUACUGCCACCAGUGUUUCGACAAGCUGUUCGGCUGAAGCGGUUUGGUGACGCUGGUGAUCAGUGACUGGUGCUGAGUGAUCUUAUGAUCAGUGACUGGUGAAAUGAAUUCAGUGUUGGCUUCAGCCCGGCGCCACCGCCCUAUGACGCGUUAGGACAUCGAAAGGCGGGCCGAAAUGCUGUAAUGUGAGAGGCCAAGUGGAGAUUUUGUACGUUUCUUUGAGCGCUAUAGUCGCUCGGACGAUCAUGAUGACCGCUGUAUUUAUACGCAGCCCCGUGCUGUCUGUGGAGGGGGGGGGGGGGUACCUGAGGCCAACUCGGGUAACGAGUUUUCAGAGCUUGUAGAACGGCAGUUUUAGUGUCUGUUGUCGCCGUGUUGUCUGUGAAAGGCGCUAUGUCUCGGUGCUCUUCGGCUAUUUGCGGAUGCCCGCGGCUUGAGACCAGAGUGGACAGUUUUAAUGCUUACCUAGUGCAACGGGAGGGGUGGGGGAUCGGCGCUGCAGUUCUAUCCGUGGUGUGUUUUCGUCUGUUUUUCGGCGUGUCGCGUGGAAGAGCUUCGAACAUGAAAAGACCCGACUGGUGCCGAAGUGUGUGACGUGUCGAGGGGACCCACCCCAGUGACGUGAGCUAACGAGGUGUGACGUGGAAUUAUCAGUGACUUGAGUGCGAUGCGAGGCCAACUGUUACUGGAGAGCUGACUAAGGACAGCGUUUGAGGAGACCGGCGAAGGAGUCGUUUCGUUGUCCAUGUUAUGCAGAUCGGAUCAUUGCGUCUUUUUGUGUAUUUUAUGGAACUGAUGCUAAUAUUUACGAAGCUUGAA